AUGUUGGUACAAGACGUUUGUUGGCAGGCAGACGUUUUGUUGCAGCAACUUGUUUGUUGCAACGCAACGUGUUGUGCAGCAGACGUAUUGGUCGCAGCAGACGUGUGUCGCUCAGCAGGCGUGGUAUUGCAAGCGGCACAGUGUUGUUGCAGCGGACGUGUUUUCGAGCAGACGUGUUGUCGCAGCAGACGUGUUUUUGACGCAGACGUGUUGUGGCUUGCAGACAGACGGUGUUGGUCGCAGCAGCGGGUUAUUGUUGCAGACGUAUUUGUUGCAGCAGCGUGUUGUUUGAGCAGGCGGGUUGGUGCAGCAGGCUGUUUGUUGCAGGCAGGCGUGUUGUCGCAGCAAACGUGUUUGUCGCAGCAGACGUUUGUCCGCUGCAAGACGUGUUGUGCUGCAGGCGUUGCUGUUUGUCAGCAGCGGUUGUUGCUUGCUGCAGACAGUGUUUGUCUGCUAGACGUUUUGUUGCAGCAGACUUUGUUGCAGAAAGUAAAGGAAGACGUGUUUUUGCUGCAGACGGGUGUUGUUGCAGAAGCUGUGUUGUUGAGCAAGCGUGUUUGUCAGCAGGCGUGUUUUUUGCACAGACGUGUGUUUGUUGGCAGCAAGCGUGUUGUUGAGAGCGUGGUGUAG